GCCUGGUCUCCAGCGGUACCUUUUUCCUCUGUCGCUAAUACCCUAAUUUUUUCCGAACCCUCCAAGAAAAAUGUCAUCAGAACCCGAUCCCCUCUCUCAAACUGCGGAAGACAACGCAACGAUCAGCAAGAAGCAAGCAAAGAAAGAGGCAGCGAAGGCCGAGAAGCUCCGGCGAAAGCAAGAGGGUCGCGAGGUUGACCUAAUGUCCUCCAACUACGGCGACGUGCCGACCGAGGAGAUCCAGUCGAAGACCAUCAGUGGCCGCAAGUGGACCGAGAUCGGGUCUUUGACGGCUGAUCUCGCCGAUCAGUCGGUGUUGAUUCGAGGCUCAGCGCAGGCGAUCAGGGCAGUUGGGAAAAAGAUGGCGUUUUUGGUGGUGAGGCAGUUUAUGAGCACGGUUCAGUGUGUGGUGACGGUGGAUAAGGAGUUUGUGAGUGCUCAGAUGGUGAAGUUUGCUAAUGGGUUGAGUAAGGAGUCUAUUGUUGAUGUUGCAGGGGUCGUUUCGAUUCCGAAGGAGGCGAUCAAGGGGACGACACAACAGGUGGAGAUUCAAGUGAAAAAAAUCUACUGUAUCAAUAGAGCAGUGCCCAACCUACCUAUUAAUAUUGAGGAUGCUGCACGAAGUGAGAAGGAAUUUGAGAAGGCAGAGCUGACGGGAGAGCAACUUGUUCGUGUGGGUCAAGACACACGGUUAAACUAUAGAGUACUGGACAUGCGUACUCCUGCAAAUCAAGGAAUUUUCCGCAUUCAGUGUGAAGUUGAAAAUAUCUUUCGACAGUUUAUGCUGUCCGAAGGCUUUGUUGGGAUUCAUAGUCCGAAGUUGAUAGGUGGAUCGAGUGAAGGUGGUUCAGCUGUAUUUAAGCUGGACUACAAGGGACAACCUGCCUGCUUGGCACAGUCCCCUCAGCUUUAUAAACAAAUGGCAAUAUGUGGUGGUUUUGGACGAGUUUUUGAGGUUGGUUCUGUAUUCAGAGCAGAAGACUCAUACACUCACAGGCAUUUAUGCGAAUUUGUUGGUCUUGAUGCUGAAAUGGAGAUUAAGGAACAUUAUUUUGAGGUAAUAGAUAUUGUGGAUCGGUUGUUUGUUUCAAUGUUUGACUAUUUGAAUGAAAAGUGCAAGAAGCAACUGGAGGCUAUUGACAGACAAUAUCCAUUUGAACCUUUGAAGUACUUGAGGAAGACAUUGGUGCUUACCUUCCAAGAGGGGGUUCAAAUGCUUAAGGAAGCUGGCGUAAAUGUAGACCCUUUGGGGGACCUGAACACAGAGAAUGAGAGAAAAUUGGGCCGUCUUGUUCUUGAUGAGUAUAACACUGAGUUCUACAUACUUCACCGAUACCCAUUGGCUGUACGACCAUUCUACACCAUGCCAUGUUAUGAUGACCCAGUAUAUAGCAACUCAUUUGAUGUCUUUAUUCGAGGCGAGGAGAUAAUCUCAGGGGCUCAAAGAAUACAUUCACCUGAACUUCUGACCUCACGCGCUAAGGCGUGCGGAAUUGAUGUGAAGACAAUAUCAACGUACAUUGAUUCAUUCAGGUAUGGUGCUCCUCCACACGGUGGAUUUGGUGUGGGCUUGGAGCGUGUAGUUAUGCUGUUCUGUGCCCUUAACAACAUUCGCAAGACGUCACUCUUCCCUCGCGAUCCACAGAGACUUGUUCCAUGAAAUAUUGCCCAUCUGCUGCUGGUUCUCUGUUCCAAAUCUUCAUGCUGUUUGCAUUCUUGACCUGAAAUGAUUGGUUGAGAAAAGUUUUCUUCUGUUCAUUAUAUGCAACAUUUCUAUGGCUCUUCAGUAGCUGAUGUAUGAAUUGUAAUUUUCUAAGCACAUCUUAGCUGAAAAGAGAAUUGAAAGGAUUAUAACUGUGGUAUUGUAUGGAAUUUUUAGUAAUGCAAUUUUCUAUAUUUCUUUGUUGAA